UUCGUUCUGUGCCCUACAUUCCACUACAGCAGUGUCGGAGCUGUGAGUGUAUCGUAAAAACGGAGGACCGAUGAACUCAGGUGGCAUCUGUCUUCAGUAAGAAAGUCUUUGAGGUGCAAUGGAACUGCUUUCAACCCUCCUCCUCUGCCUGUCCUGUCUCAUACCAAGUGGAGGAGGCCAGAGUGCAGAGGAGCGCCUGAUGAGCUGGUUGCUAGGGGAAGAUCGCUACAACAAGCUCAUCCGACCUGCAGCCAACCGCAGUGAGCGGGUGACUGUCAGCCUGCAGGUGUCUCUGGCGCAGCUCAUCAGUGUGAAUGAAAGAGAACAGAUCAUGGUGACCAAUGUCUGGCUUACACAGAGCUGGCAGGACUUCAGACUGACAUGGGACGCCUCUAAGUACGAAGGGAUCACCAAGCUCAGAGUUCCCUCAAAGCACUUAUGGCUUCCAGAUGUUGUUCUGUACAACAACGCCGACGGGGAGUACGAGGUGACAGUCUACACCAACGCUAUCGUGUUUGCCAGCGGACUGGUGUACUGGCUGCCUCCUGCCAUUUAUAAGAGCUCCUGCAGGAUUGAGGUCAAGCACUUCCCUUUUGACCGGCAGAACUGCACCCUCAAGUUCCGCUCCUGGACCUACGACCACACAGAGGUCGACCUGGUUCUCCGCACCAAGAUGGCCACCAUGGACGACUUCACUCCCAGUGGAGAGUGGGACAUCCUGGCCCUGCCCGGGAGGCGCACGGUCAACCCCUCAGACCCCACUUACGUGGACAUCACCUACGACUUCCUGAUCCGGAGGAAGCCGCUGUUCUACACCAUUAACCUCAUCAUCCCGUGCAUGCUCAUCUCGACCCUGGCCAUCCUGGUGUUCUACCUGCCGUCGGACAGCGCAGAGAAGAUCACCCUCUGCAUCUCCGUGCUGCUGGCUCUCACCGUCUUCCUCUUGCUCAUCUCCAAGAUCGUGCCACCCACGUCCCUGGACGUGCCGCUCAUCGGGAAGUACUUGACCUUCACCCUGGUGCUCGUGACCUUCUCCAUCGUCACGAGUGUGUGUGUGCUAAACCUGCACCACCGCGCCCCCAGCACACACACCAUGCCCCGCUGGGUCAGGCAGGUGUUCCUGGUCAGCCUCCCUGCCUUGCUCUUCAUGAGGCGCCCGCAGAACCACUCCGCUCAGCAGCGGCUCCGCAGGUGCAGGACCGGCGGAAGGGAGCAGCCUACGGCGGGGCCCAGGAUGGAGGAUGACUCGUGGGACUCGGCUAGCGCCACCGCAGCCGCCUCCUCCAGCUCGUCCUCCGGCUCGCUCGGCUCCAGCACUGAGGUGGACACUCAGGUGGACCCUGCUUACAGGUUUAAACAUGAUGACGUGCAGAGGUCCUCAGGGCUGUUGGGAGAACAGCGUGGAGAACCAGAACAGGACCCUGCAGUGGAAAGAGCCCUGCAUGGCCUCGAGUUCAUCUCCCAAUGCCUGCUCGGGGAGGAGGAGGACCAGCUGGUCAACGAGGACUGGAAGUUUGUGGCCAUGGUUGUGGACCGGCUUUUCCUGUGGGUCUUUGUGAUUGUGUGUGUGGCUGGAACCCUGGGCUUGUUCCUGCAGCCUCUCUCUCAGCAGGACGCCAUCCCCCUCAGCUGAGCAGAGACCGGACCAGUGACCAGACCAGCAGCAGUAACCCUUCAGUUGACCAGCGACCAGACCAGCAGCAUUAACCU